AUGUCGGCGCUUCAAGAAACCGUCACCAUCAUCAAUAAUUCGGGGAAGAUCAUUAGCACCGGCAAGCAAUUAUUCGGCAUCUUCAAGGAAGCCAAGGCCUGCUACAACGAGAAAAAGUCGUUUAUCCACCAUGAACGCUCUUUGCAGCGCAGCCAGACCUUUGACGUGGGCGCCCAGCCAUCUUAUCACCACCAGCCUCAGCAAUACCACGACUACGACUACGGCGAGAACCCCUACUACGCCGGUGAUGAUGGCCGCUCCCACGUCUCCCAUCGGAGCCAUCGCUCCCACCGUUCAAGCGCCUCCCGUCGACAUGGGCCUUCGGCAUCGAGGGCCGCCCCAGCUCUGACCGAGGCGAAUCUCCGCAGCCAUUCGGAGGUUUCCGCCACUCCCCCUCCGCCCCCUCCCCACUAUCGCUCGCCGUAUGCGGAGACGGCCCCGCGGGAUAUGACUCUUUCCCGUCCCACGCUCGCUCGGGCUCCCACCGAGCUCGCCCCUGCCCGCACCGAUCUCGAUCCCGACCAUCCGGACACCCAGCACGCCCGUACCCUCAUCGGCAGAGUUGAGACGCUUCUUGACGAGGCCAACUGUGUCCAGCACUCCGCCACCGGCAUCAUCUCUCACCUGCAGAGGAACCCCGAUGCUGCCGCCGCCGUUGCUCUGACUCUUGCCGAACUGUCCACCCUUCUAGCCAAAGUCAGCCCCAGCUUCCUCGGCAUCGUCCAAGGCGGUUCCCCUGCCGUCUUCGCCCUUCUCUCGAGUCCUCAGUUCCUCAUCGCUGCAGGUGCUGCUGUCGGCGUCACUGUCGUCAUGUUUGGCGGCUGGAAGAUUAUCAAGCGCAUCAAAGAGAACAAGGCCCAAGAGGCCAUGCAGCGCGAGGCAAUGGCAUUCCAAGCAUCCCAGAUUCCAAUGCAACCGAUGGGCCACAUGGCGCCACCCAUGGAUCCAAUGCACUACGACAUGAUGGGCAUGCCCAUGCGCGAACCCGAGUACUACCCGGAGGAACACCCCAUCGUUGGCGAUGGCGUGGACGAGGCGCUGGUUAUCGAGCAGGAGCUAAGCGGAAUUGAAUCCUGGAGGAGGGGCAUUGUGCCGUUUGGGGAAGACGAGAGUGUUGACGUCGAGCUCAUUAGCCCCGAGGCCCAGCGCGCCGUCAAGCGGGGUGCCAAAGAACACCGUCGCCGUCAUCACUCCGACGGCGAGUACGAGGAUGACGGUGUCUCUCGAAGCGGGCGCAGCGAGCGCAGCGAGAGGUCUACUAGGAGCCACAGGUCCCACCGCUCCACCAGAUCGCACCGCCCGCGCGAUCCCGAGAUCCCUGACCGCAAGAGUAGCAGAUCUGGUACCACCGUCGUGGCGCCGAGCGAGCGCGGACGAGACCACGACCGUGACACCCGGAGCGAGGCGGGCUCUGAGCGAAGCCACAGAAGCACAAGGUCUAAGAGGACAGUCAAAACGAUAGAGGCCAAGAAGGAUGAUGAUCCAAAUAGUCUUGACCUCGUGCUCCGGCCUAAGGAGAAAAAGGGCAGCAAUAUGCUAAAGCAGCUUUUCAAGAAGAAGAAGGACAAGGAGGAGGCCAGCAGCAGGGCGGUCAGCGUCUUGGUAUAA